UCCGUGUCCGAUGACAGUACUAGAUUGUCACGACAGAAAUAAAUCCGAAUUACAUCCGGGACAAUACGCUAGGAAUGUGUGUCCCAUCCCGGACGUACUUUAAACUAUGUAACUGUUAUGAAGACGAGCCAUGUUAACUUCCAUAAGAAACAAUGCUAAAUACGGACAAUAUAUGAAUAGUUCUGAAUACAAGGAACAGGGCUGGAUACAUAUACUGUAUAACAAGUUCUGGAUUCAGGCACAUGGCUGGAUACAAGGACCAAUGCUUGAUACAGACAGUGUAUAACAAGUUCUGGAUACAAGGAUCAGGGCUGGGUACAAAGAUCAGCGCUGGAUACAGACACUAUAUAACAAGUUCUUGAUAUAAGGAUCAACGCUGGAUAUGGACACUAUAUAAUAAGUUCUUGAUAUAAGGAUCAACGCUGGAUACAGACACUAUAUAACAAGUUCUUGAUAUAAGGAUCAACGCUGGAUAUGGACACUAUAUAACAAGUUCUUGAUAUAAGGAUCAGCGCUGGAUACAGACACUAUAUAACAAGUUCUUGACAUAAGGAUCAACGCUGGAUACAGACACUAUAUAACAAGUUCUUGAUAUAAGGAUCAACGCUGGAUACGGACACUAUAUAACAAGUUCUUGAUAUAAGGAUCAGCGCUGGAUACAGACACAAUAUAACAAGUUCUUGAUAUAAGGAUCAACGCUGGAUACAGACACUAUAUAACAAGUUCUUGAUAUAAGGAUCAACGCUGGAUAUGGACACUAUAUAACAAGUUCUUGAUAUAAGGAUCAACGCUGGAUAUGGACACAAUAUAACAAUUUCUUGAUAUAAGGAUCAACGCUGGAUAUGGACACUAUAUAACAAGUUCUUGAUAUAAGGAUCACACCUGGAUCUUUCAUCGGAUCUAUUACAUGUUGCAAAGAUGACGGAACAGGAUGACCAGGACGAGAGGUCUCGGAUCCUUUAUCAUACCCUAAACAAGUGGAUAGGUAACAAGGAAUUAGUGUCUGUCCGGAGAAAACUGACAUUGACCAAGGAGCGUAUGAUAAAUGCAGGAAAAUGUGGAAUCAAUGUUUUUUACACAGGAAGCAGGAGUGAAGGAAUGCAAAUGAAAGGUUCAGACCAGGAUGUAAUGUUGUUUUAUAAAACUGUGAUAGUGACAUGUCCUCAUCCGUACAUCAGUAUUCCACAAGGCCGUGCAAAUAAUUCCGUUUUGUGGAUGAGGGAUGCUGAUAGUUCUAGACCUGGUUAUGUAACCUUGGAGCUGGUUCAUCUGGGACAGGAAUGCCCGGCACACCUGAUCAAAUCCAUUGUUCCAGUUGGAAAACAAAAAUUCAUAUCAAGUGAAAUACACAGAAGGAGUUAUAUGGAUUACCUAGGUAAAUCGAUGAAACUGAACGUUGAAGUUAACGGUCCCGCUACGGCUCUAAUGGAUGAAGACAGCCAUGUUUCAGUUGAUACAGAUUAUGUGCUUGGCCUCUCCUGUCCCGAUUGGCCGAAAGAAGCUAAUGAAUGGAUCAGUAGGCCUCGACUUCAUGGAUGGCCGGACCAAGUUUUGAGAGAUCAGAUAGUACAAGGUGGAUGUCAUCUUGUCCCUGUAGGAGAUAAAACGUCUGCUGACACAUUCCUACAAUGGAGGAUUUCGUUCACUACUGCGGAAAGGAAACUCAUGUAUUCUCUCACUCAUGUACAAUUUUUAGUGUACGGACUUCUCAAGUACUUCCUCAAGCAGAUAUCAGGCAAGCUGGAACAGUUAUUAGGAGAUACAGACAUCCUGUCAUCCUACAUUAUGAAAACUGUUUUAUUCCAUGCGACAGAAAACACGCCUGAUUCGUUUUGGCAAGAGAAACACACAUUUCUCUGUUUUAUGUUUUGCUUGAACAUUCUGAUAACCUGGGUGAAUGCAGGAUAUUGUCCAAAUUAUUUCAUUAAAAGAAACAACAUGUUUCUUGGCAGAUUUGAUGCUGGAAAUAAGCAGAAACUCCUUCAUUUUCUCAUUGAUCUCCAUGAUAUGAAAUGGCAAUGUCUUUCAGUUGGAACAUUUUUACAACCGCCUUUAGGAGAGCUUGUCGAAAAUAUGAGGAACGGAGCUACGGAAACGCUACUUCCUCUGCCAUCAGGAUCAGAAUGUGAAUGUGACUUGAAAAUAUUCUCUGAAAUAUCUUCAUCUAUCUGUCGGCCGGAUGAACUUCCUGUGUCAUUGGCACUCCUAUCCAAGUCGAAGUCGGACUUAGAUGAAUUCCUAGCAUACGUCCCUACAGUACAGGCAGUGCUUCUUAUCGGGACUGAGUCUUUCGGUAAACACAUUCAUGUUAGAGGAAAUAAGGAGAAGUACAAACAUCUGAGAAAAUGUAAGAAACUACUGUCACCGCUAGCCUCUGCGUGUACAAGUCCAGGAUCACUUACGCUAGCAACAUACUACUACCAAACCGGUAAUUACAUACGGGCACUGGACAUUUGCAAACACACGAUUACUUCAUUCAAAAUUUAUUUUGGUGGACGUAUAAAACGGGAGGACAAAGAGAUGUACAGACAUCAGAUUUGCGGCCAAAGGUAUACUCUGCUACAAAAGGCACAGAUGAUAUUUGCAUCAGAUAUUUUGUUUACACAAAAUUUUGCACAGUUAUGUCCGUCCCAUUUACACGAUGAGAUAGAAAAACUAGAGAGAGAUAUUCUCAAUAUCCCUCCUGUUCCUUACGCCUUGUUCCUGUCUUUUCUGUGUUACUACGAACUCGGCGACAACAUGAGACGUGACACAGCAUUGAGUCUCCUUCUAUAUAUGAAAAGUAACAAAUACCAAGGAAGCGAUAGUACUUGGAUAGUUCACAACCUUUUAGGUAUAUGUUAUGAGAUGGUUGGGGACACAAGGAAGGCACUCAGGGAAUAUAACGACUCUCUUGCCGUUAAGGUAUUUAGUCAAUACCUAAACCCUGCUAAGGAGAGGAUAGAACGUUUACAGUCGUUAUCGAAAGGACAGUAACAGGACCGAACACUACCAUUAUACCUCAUUUAUAUAUCAUUUUGAUCACGUGUCGGGCUGACAGAACAUCGUGUUGCCCGCUCGCAAUCAGAGCUUCUCUUACAAGACAGUUGGAGUUGCAUGUCUUUGCCUUGUUUCCUUGUAAUCGGACGACAACAAAUGUGGAUCUGCCGAUUCCUUAUUCCAUAUGAGGAGGAAAUAGAUAACAUUUUUUAAAGGAAUGCUUUCAACACGUAGGAAGCAGAAAGGAAUUCUUGAAAGAAAACGGACGAGAAUCAGAAUCUAAUUUGAGCGAUUUGAACCAAAUGAUGCUCGAUAGUGACAUACGGGAAUUUCACUCGUGUGCUAUUUUUCGGUAUGAUUAACAAUUAAUCAACCUUGUUUUGGAGAACAUGAACAUUUGCUAACUCGUUAAAGGAACUGCUAAGAGUAUCCACGAUUUACCAUGACAAAUGGUUGUUAUGAUUUUGAAAUUAUAUCAAUUUAAUGUUUUUAUUUUAUAAGAUAUUAAUUGGUCUGGAGUAAUGAUAUUAGAUAUGAUUCUGUUAAGAUGUUUUAUUUCUCUGUCUUGAACCUUGCGCUCAAUUUACGUACUGUUAAAUUCAUUUUAUAUACUUUUAUUAACUCUAAGUUCAUUAUAUGCCCAGUUAUUCAGUAUGUUUGAACUUAAUUUAUAUACUCUUAAUGAACUUCAGUUCAUCUAUAGUUCACAUUAUGCGCUCAAUUUACGUACUGUUAAAUUCAUUUUAUAUACUUUUAUUAACUCUAAGUUCAUUAUAUGCCCAGUUAUUGAGUAUGUUUGAACUUAAUUUAUAUACUCUUAAUGAACUUCAGUUCAUCUAUAGUUCACAUUAUGUGUUGAGCUCUGCUGGCUGACUUUGAGUCCCAAGGGUUUGCCGUUACCCUAUACGUCAAGUUCAGAUUAUUACAAAUAGCGAUUCAGAACCUACACCACAUGUAUUUCCUAUUUGAAAUGAUGCAAUAUACAAAACUGAAAACUUUAGAAAUUGUAUCAAUGCACAUUAACUCUAAAAAGAAAUAUCUUUAAAAAAGAUAAACGGCAUAGUUUUAAUGCUGGUGGUUAUAAUGUAAAACUGCAGGUGAAAUAAAUUCACGAACUUAUUAAUAAAUGCGUUUCAGCAUGGAUAACAAAAUUAUAUUUUGAAUCAUUUUUGGUGAUCAUAAGACUGCAUUUGAAUCAGGAAUAUAAUUUUAUUGAUUUGUCAUUUUAAUAGAUACAUCCACUUACUCAGCUUGCAUUCAAUCUUAAUUUUGUUUCGUUUUUAACUGCAUAUCUGCAUUUACCGCUGCAUUGACCAAUCACAUACUUCAUCUUGACCAGUAACGCCACCUUUCGAGUCAUAUCCGGGGCAAAAAGAAAAAUAUACGGCUAUGCCGAAAAAUAUGUUUAGGCCUUCUUUUUCAAACUUGCAAACUUUUGGCCUCUAAAACCACUGGCGAGUUCUGGUCGAAAUAGUUAUGAAAUGUAGUAUCAAAAUUAAUAUUCCACAAUCAAUUAGUUCUGUAUUACUAUAUGUAUACUCAUUGCAGUAUAUAUUUUUUUUAUUAAUGACGCAUUAAUUGAAUAAUUAUGUUGUUCUAUAUGUAAUAAGCUUGUUUUAUUUGUGGUCUCAGUGGAAAAAAUUAUGUAGGAAAAUUCCUUGUUUGAUCUGUAUGUCUAUGUAAAUUUUGAUGACAGUGUUUACGGAUAUUUACCUGUUUAGAAAGUAUUAAUUACUUAAAAGAAAAAAAAAUUAGGAAAUAAAAUAAUAAAUUUUAUUAUUUACUAUUUCAUUUACAAUGAAAAUAAAUGUAUUGGAAAUAAGCACGUUUAGUUAAAAUAUUCCAUUUUUUCAGGUGAGAAUCCUUUUUUAAUUAAAGGUAUGGCGUUGAAAAUAACUGUUUAUUCGUUAUGGCGUCUUUGAAAUUCUAUGUCACGCCUUAAAAUCAAAUGCAAACUGUGAAUGAAUCAAUACAUAAUUGUUAUUGUUUAUCAAACGCUCAUGAUAAGCAGGUAAAAUAUUGUAAUUAUCACAGGUAUGCUCUUUACAAAGGUAAACAGAAAUUUUGUUUAUAAUGACUUUAGUUAGGACACAAGCUCAGCAAGCACACAUUAUUAACACGGUAAUUAUGAAGCAUGUCUUGGCAGUCUUUGUGAGAAUGGUAUUUAUCAAAUCAGCCAGGUACGCACAAUGGUAAAUCACAGGUAGGACAUGUAUGUCUACAUUUGUUCUCACCUCGUUGAUCUUUCACGGGAUUACAAGUUUUGCAAUCAUGAAGAGAUCUUUUCCGUUUGGUAUCAGCCUUACAAAGGAAUGUAUAGCGGCUCACAUAGUGUGCAUACUUGGUGAGAACACGGACACUUUAUGACGUCAUACUAACGUUGUAAACGUGACCUGGAUUUCGCUCCUGCUUCGAUAUUUUCCUUUGAUAACAUAAUAACUUGUUCAUCUGAUAUUCCCCGCAUGGUUUCUUAAACAAUAUAUAUUAAAUCUUGGUUACCAGGGAGAUCUUUAGCCAGACUGAAAGUGGGGCAUUUUGUAUCAUGACUAGCUAAUGACUAUCCCUCUCCCGCCCAUCUCUGUAUCGGUCUUAGCUUGCAAGGUCUCUUCCUCGGUCCUUAGCUGGGUCUCUAUAUCCAAGUGUCCCUAUCCCUACUUAGAUCCCCCUUACUAUACCAGCCCCCAAAAUAAAAAUAUUCAUUAUUUAUAUACAAUAAUAAAUCUUACCAAAUAAAUCAACAUCUUCGUCCAUCAAUGCCUGAAAAUGUUCCCAAUAAAAAAAUUCAUUUCAUGGUAAUUUAAUUUUGUUUUAAUUAUGUUCGAACAUAUCAUGUCACAAUUUUGAUGAUUCGUGGAACUUAUUUGACAAAUGCAUUUUUUCUAUACAGGUUCUUUAAUUUAUGUUUUCAGAAAUCCACAAGGCGGUAAGGCCUUCCGAUAGAUAAUAAUUUAUAACAAAUAUUGAUAAUUAAAUGAAGAUUUUCAAUUAAUA